CUCUGAGUCUCUUCACUCAGUUCACUCGUACAAACUUAGUUGUGCCAGCUCCAAGCCAGCUCCGUCCACGACAGCGUUCUCACUAUAAGAUUCUGUCGUAGCGUCAUACUCACUGCGGGUGACCUUGUUCAAUCGAGCACGGGUUCAUCAGUUGAUCUAUGGUCAGCUGAAUCUCUCUUUUCUGCGCGCCAUGGCUCCGCCGUUCUCCCAGCCGCACAUCGAGCCCUCCCCCAAACGCGUGCGCGUACUUUUCGGGGGAAAGUACGUCGUAGAUACCAAGCAAGCAAAGCUGGUGUGGCUGAAGCCCAACUACCCCUACUACUUCUUCGACGCCGCGGAUGUCCCGACGGAGUUCCUGCAACAGGCAUCCAAGUCGGCAGAGUCCGAGAACUACGACUUGGUCGUAGGGGCCCGCAAGGCUGAGAAUGCGGUCACGAAGUAUCUGCAGGGUGAUCUGGCGGGAUUGGUGCAGAUCACCAUGGGCGCGGUGGACGCGUGGUUCGAGGAGGACGAGCAGGUCUUUGUGCACCCCAAGGACCCGUACAAGCGUGUUGACGUGCUGCAAUCAUCUCGUCACGUACGCAUCGUAGUGAACGGGGUCGAGGUGGCGAACACCACGAAGCCCCGUUUGCUGUUCGAGACGAGCCUUCCGGUUCGCACUUACAUUCCGAAGACUGACUGUCACAUGGACCUACUCAAGCCGACGGAUCUCACAACCCAGUGCCCAUACAAGGGUGUCGCGAACUACUACAGUGUAGCACUCUCCACGGGGCAGGUGUUCGACAACAUCGUAUGGUGGUACCGCGUACCGCUCCCCGAGUGCGCCGACAUCAAAGGCUAUGUCGCGUUCUACGACGAGAAAGUGGACACGUACUUCGACGGCGUCCUGCAGGCUCGACCAGGCCAGAAGUAAGCUUGUGCCAGAGGUCGCAGACUUACAAUAUGUGUAUUUGUACCGGAAAAUAACGUGAACAAGAUUGAACGCAGAAGCUGAUGUAUAAGUACUCGCGUGGAUCAAUUAUUGUGCAUUAUGGUAUCAACUUGUAUAGGCUACAAA